GAAAGGGGGCCGGGCAUUAAGGACAGUCAGACAGGGUGAAUGUCCUGUCUCCUCUGAUUUUGCACUCUAGAAAGGGAAGGAAGCCAGCUGCCAUCACCCACCAGUGACAGGGUCUAAGGGCUCCAGCUACCUCAGAGAACAACACCCAGGUAUGGCCACUGACCCACCACUUGGGCUUUGCCACUGGGCCAGAUGGCACCUGGUCUUAUUGGGAGUUACAGCUGGGGCCAGAUGGCACCUGGUCUUAUUGGGAGUUACAGCUGGGGACUGGAUGGCACCUUCCCUGGGAAUGGCCACCAAAACCCAUGGACUAGUGAGCAUUUUGUGGCCACCGUUGAUGGCAGGCCUCUGCUCUGAACACAGGGAGGGAUUUGUCCUCCUACAAAAGGUCUUUUUGUUUGUGAGACUCAGGCCUGUCACAAGGAGAGAGGGCAUUGUUAGCCCCCUGGGGGCUGUACAUAAGGGAGAUAAGAGGCUCAGGGUUCCCUCUGUCACACACAGAAUAUGUGUCACUCGCCUUUUGCCUGGCACAUGUGAUACUGGUGGGAGCCUUACAGAAACCGGAUACAGGACAUGGGUGCAUCAUUACCCCUAAAUGAGGAAACAGGGGCUCAGAGGUUAGAGCAACUUACCCAAAGCUAUACAUAGGAAGGACAAGAAUCAUAUUCAAAGCCCAGGCUAGCACUCUGGGCUGGGGUAGUGGCUCUACUCUGGGACACCAGCCUGCUGGCCUGCUGUGAUUGGCAAUGGAAAACCCCUGCCCCCUCUCAGAGGGCAGUCUGGGGAGCUGUGAGGUGCAGAGGAAGGGUCUGAGGUUCAAGUGAGGCUCCUUGGAAGCAGGUGAUCCUGAAGAGCAGGUGGGGACCCUGAGAAGCAGGUGAGGGCUCUACCAAACAGGUAGGGCCCCAUAGAGCAGGUGGGGGAGUCUAAGGUUCAAGUAGGGCUCCUGGGAGCUCCCUCGGGAUAGUGGAGGCCCCCACAGAGAAUAUAGGUGCCCUAGAAGGGAAAUGGGGACCUGAAGGUGUGGAUAGGGGCCCUUGAGAUAAGUAGCGAUCCCAUGGAGCAGGCGGAGAUUUUUGGAGCAAGUGAGGGACUAGGGGGUGGGAGGGCAGAAAGGGAGGGAACCUGAGGUUCGAGUUGGCUUUCUGGGAGGCAGGCAGAGCUUAGAGUAUGCCUCCUGGUGAGAACAUGGAUAGAAAGCUUCUGCUGUCCCUCAGGCUUCUUCACUGUACAGUGCUUUCCUAGGCUCUGACAGGGGAAAGGUUCCAGUUUAGGGGCAUGCUCUGUUUGGUUCCGGUGAGCUGCACUGAGUAGCUCUGAAUGUGUCCAUGUAGAUGCUGUAUCUCACAUCCAGCCUCCUGCCUCUUGCCAGCUUCGAUUCUGAACACACCCCCACCUCUGUCCCAGUGUCUUCGCAGACAAAGGGAGGCAGAGCAGGCCUGAAGGUGUGUAACGUCUGUGUAGGUGGCAGCUGCUCCCGACUUUGUGCCUGCCUCCGCAACUGCCCAGGCAGCAACAAAAGAUGGAGCUGAGCUGUUGAGCAGCCUUGACCCUCUACCAGGUGCUUCCCAAGGAUUCAGUGCCCACACAGACCUUCCAGCCUGGAUGUCAAGAUUGAGGGCCCUGUCUAGAGAUCCUAGGGCUCAGGGCUAGGCUUCAGGUCUCUGCCUACCCCCAUCACCACUCUGUGUUUUGGAGCCCCAAAGCACCCUCACAUGCUCCUGGGUACCACCCUUCUAGGUUGAAGACUGCACCAAGUCUGUUACUCUUGCAGACUUCUUCUCACUUCACAGCUCCCUACAGCCUUGGCCUCUGAAGUGCCCCGUAUUCCCAAGCUGCUAGCCACCUUCAGCAAGCCUAGACUCACAGAGCAGACCUACUGGGGACAACCACUCUGCGGACCUGUGGCACAAGGCUUCUGGGCAUGGGCUUGUGUAUUUUUAAAAGCCAGGUUCAUUCUACCCAUGAUCACCCAUUUCUACACCAAAAUGCCAAGGCUUGAAGAAUGCACCCAGGUGACUACUACCCUCCAUUUCCUUUCCCUGCCCAGAACCUCAAAACUCCAGAAUGGUAGAAGCUGGACACAGGGACACCCUAGGCAUGACAGGGGCCCAGGAAACUAACUUUAUCUCAGUCAUAUGUGUUUCUGCCAUCUGACUACCAGGGAAGUCAUGUCAUCCCUAUAACAAUGUUACCCUGGAUCAGGAUGACCUUGCUUGGUCUUGUCAUGGCCCUGGGUCCCUGGACAGGAUGUACCAUCUAGAUCUGAGGGAACUAAACCAGUGUACAGCAGAGAAUUCAGGACUAUCCUUGAGGAGGGAACCUUGAGAAUAACAACCAAGUGGUGUGUGUGUGAUAGGCUAGAAUGAAGAAAGGAAACAGCAUGUGGCCCCAGAGCCCAUAUAGGCCUCACCCAAGCCUACAGGCACCUCAGGAUCUCUUGGACUGCUCUUCUACAGGUGUUGACCCAGCCCAUAAAGCAGGCGCUAGGGGCCUGGGGAGAGCCACCCGCUGGGCGAGUCUGAGUGGAAUUGCAGGUGCUGGCUCAGCCCCUUCCCAGCCUUGUUUGGCUCUGCUGGCCGGUCCCACCUCCUGGCCUUUAGCAAGGUAAGGCCUAGACAGCUGAGCAUAAUGGCCCUCUGGAAAACAUCCCAACUCACACUAGCUGAAUUAGCAAGGUCUGCGUUCAAAUCUACUUCCCCCCAUGGAAGAGUGGGGGCAAGACCUCUUUGAACCUCAGUUCCCCGACUUGGAGAGAAAUUCCUGGAGAUGUCUUGAGGAUUCAGUGGUUGCGGUAAAAGUGAUACCUGUAUUGAAUUCAAGGAUGAAAAAAGGCAGCUAGUCAUGUGAUCUAGGACCGGGACCCUCAAUGUUGGGGUGGUUAGUUAACCCACAAGGACAUGCCUCCUUGAGAUGAGCCUCAGCUCCCAGUCCCUAGUUGAGGGACCUCCCAGUUCUUCAUUCCCAUAUCCCACCUAAAAACAGAGCCACCAACUGUCACUUCCACUACUGUAGCCAGCUGUGGGGAGUCGGAGCCCAGGUGAGUCUGUAAACAGUUUGGGAGCCCACCUUCUGCCUGGUUUCUGUCCCCACACCAUAGCUGUCUGUGCUCGCUGAGUUCCUGUGGCCACCACAGCCACUGUAUGACACAGCAGCCACCACCCCUCCCCCCACUCCUAGCCCAGCCUCCAGAAGUCAGUCUACUUAGUGCUCUGGCCCAUGCAGAUUCUACUAUUAACCAUUUCAUCCUCCACAGUCCAACCUUUAGCCAUUCACUCUCUACCCCUCCCCCUGGGCAGCCUCUCACAGUGAGCAGAUUUGCCCCAUGCAUGGAAAGUUCACCUACUUGUCAGCCCACGGCCCCUACUUAAAUCAACCCUCUCCCCACUCCCCUCUCUACAGGCUGGACCCAGAAGGGCAGCAGAGGUCCCAGCCCUCCUCAUAGCUAGUGCAGAGUGGCCAGCGCACAAGGAGCCAUGGACAGCUUCAUGGAGUCGCUGAACAGACUGAAGGAGGCCCAUGAGAAGGAGGUUUUGGGCCUGCAGAACAAGCUGCUAGAGCUGAACUCAGAGCGGUGCCGGGAUGCACAAAGAGUAGAGGAGCUCUUUGCCAAGAACCACCAGCUCCGGGAGCAGCAGAAGGCGCUGAAGGAGAACCUGAGGGUGCUGGAGAACAGGCUGCGGGCUGGCUUGUGCGAUCGCUGCAUGGUCACCCAGGAGCUGGCCAGAAAGAAGCAGCUGGAACUGGAAAGUGCACACCUGCAGAGCCUGCAGCAUCUCUGCAUCCUCACCAAUGAGAUGAAUGGACUGAGGGAAGAAAACAAGCUCCUGAAGGAAGAAGUGAAGAGGCUUCAGAACCUGGGAGACAAGGCUGCACCCCAGGCCUGGGAGGGCACCUCAGGGCCCCCAUCACCCAUGCCUCUUCCCUCACCCGGUAACCGGAAGGGUGCCACCGAGAACCCCCCAGGAGGCCCGGAGGAGGCUGAGGAAGAACAGCCAGGCACAGGUCCACAGGGUUGGUGGGGAGGCUGGGAGAUUGGGCACCUGGGGGAUCCCACAGCAUCUCUCCAGCUCCCUCUCAUUUUUCCUCCCAUAGAUAAGGUGUCAAACUACAAGACAUCCCCGGUGGCCAGAAUCUCCCCAGCUGCCAACCUGCCUGAGCCACGAGCCCUGGACAUGAGCCCUCAGUGCAUCUCCAACCAACUGCACUCAACAGUAGCUGUGGUGCGGCCUGGCUCCCGGGCCUGCCCACCAGACUGUGGCACUGCCAACGGAACACCCCCACCGCCAUCCACCAGAAGCAGCCCACCCAGCCCAGCAUAUGAACAUGGCUUCCCUGUGGACAGCUUCCUGCGGGUCUCCCGGCCAUCAGCCAUAGCCUAUGAGACCCUGAAGCGCUCCCUUCAGACUGAUCGCCUCUGCCUUCUGAAUCGCCACCUGUCUCUGCACCUGCAAAGCCCCCACAACAGCCCUCUGGCUCCUGCUAUAGCUGCCAAUAGCCCCCUGCCCCAGGGCCUGAAGACUAGAGAGGCAGAGGCAUGGGAGGAGCCUGGUGCCUUGGUGGGCAUGCAGGACCCACGGCUGGAAGGAGCACUGCAGCUGCUGCUGAUUCAGCAGCAGUUGCGAGCACGGGCACGGGCAUGCAGUGCCAGGCUGAGGGUCCCGUCCACACAAGAAGAUGUGCCAUCUUCCCCACCACCUGGCUCAGAUUCUGAGAACUCAGACAGUGAGGCCCCCAGGACAGCUCUGAGCACAGAGGCCCAACCUGAUGGGUGGCACCCUCAGUCCACAGGCCAAUGUAGCCCCCCAAGGAAGGAGAUGCAUGUGACCACUCAGGACUGUCCCCCAGACAAGCCUCUGGACCUCUCUGACCGGGGACGGUGUCGAGACAUCCCCAAAUCCACUGGCCAACCUUUGCCUCUCAGCACCACAGUUGUCCACACUCCCAGCCCCCAGCUGACCACCUUGUCCAGACCCGUGAUUCACAGCCCCCGUACUCUCAGCAAUGGCAGCAGCACACAGACCAGAGCUCGGGAGCCUGAAGAACACUCUACUCCCAAGGAUACCUCACACCCUCUCCCAGGGACCCAUGCCAGCCUGACCUCUCCUGGAAGAACAGCAGAGGAGGCUGGAGGAAGGCCCAGGCCAAUAUCCCACCUGCAGAGGCCUGACACUGAUGGGACCACAGAGCCCAGGUCACAGAGGCCAGAGUCGGAGCAACCGGAAGAGUCAGACACCAAGGUGGGUCUGACCCCUGAAGCAAUUGCAGAGCCGAGCAUGCUAGGAGAGGGACAUGCUGAGGACCAUCGACAGUGUCCACAACCAAAGAGGAAGCGGACCUCAGAUCUUCAGGACAAAGGUAUUUACCUCCUAGAAGCUGAAAGCCAGAGAAACACCUAGGGAGGACAUACAAGACCACAGGGCUGCUGCAAAUAGGGCAAGGUAUGUGGUAGGUGCCUCUCCUAGACACCUGGAGAAUGGUAUCUGGGGACUAGCUACAGCCUGACAGAAGCCCUGAGCCUCCCUAGCAAAGGCCUCUGUGAAUCCUGACCAAAUGACCUCCUGGCGAUACAUGCUCCUGGGCCUUAGUUUCCUUCCCUCAAGAGGACCGACACCAAAGCUCCAUAAAACUUCAGUGGGAUAGGAGUGGAACUGAGAGGGGCCGAGGAUGUAGCACAGCUGGCAGGCUUGCCUAGCAUGCACAAGGCCCUGGAUCCUACCCCCAACACUUAAAAAAUUGACAUCUUCCACAGAAAACAAUAUUUUGGGUUUUUUGUUUUGAGACAGGGUCUCAUUAUGUAGCCCUGACUGGCCUGUAACUUACUCUGUAGACCAGAGAGACCUCAAAAUCACAGAGAUUGUCCUGCCUCUGCCUCCUGAGUGCUGGCAUUAAAAACAUACACCACCACACCCAGCCACAGGGAAAUGUAAGCCACAUUGUCAUCUUAGACUACAUAGCAAGUUCAAGGACAGCCUAUGCCUCUAUGAGCCCCUGUCUCAAAAGGGGAGGGGGAAGAGAGCGGAACUGAGGACAUUUAUUACUGUCCCCCUGGAAGCAGCUCCUUGGGACUGUAAUCCUUGGACCCUCUUGUACACCUUUGGGCAGCCACAUCUGCUGGCCCUGUGUUUUUUCAGUGUUAGGGUUGCUCACGUGUUUGCCCAGGGCGGUGCCUUUGAGCUCAACUCUGCCUGAUAAGAUAGCAGGAAUCUCAGCCUGGUCCUGGGUAUGAGAAUCAGGACACUUCCUGCUCCAAUGCACAAUGGUGAGUCUUUGAACACCUAAGCUAAUAUGCAUGUGGCCUAUGUUUGCCCAGGCUACAGCUCAGCAGGCUGGGCUGGGGCCACCACAAUAAGCUAUUGUUGCCGGAAAGAGACUGACCGUAGCCUGUGUUUGCUGGAAAGAGACUGACCGUAGCCUGUGUUUGCUCCGAGUGGAGGCCUGGGCGCCUGUGUCAUUUCCAAGCACUUCCUGCUGUGUGCGCAUGGAGUGGGGUGUGGUCCACUGGGUUCCUGGUGUGUCACCUUCCACCUUUCACACUGAGCAAGCCAGGCCCCCUUAUCCUCCCAGGUAGAAUCGGGCAAGGGAUGGCUGGCACAAGGCGCCCUGUGGAUGCACUCCUCCGUCCUGGGACGCUGCCUCGUAGUCAGUGAGAACAAGCUAAUGACUAGCAAGGGUCAUGCUCCCACUUGACCUAGCACAUCCCAGCAUUAUCUGAGCCAUGCAGAGUGAAAGGGGUAUGUAGGUGUCUCCACUUUGGGCCUACAACUCCACCCGGCAGAUAGAGUUGACACUGCUUGACAGGUGGGGAAACUGAGGCUUGAUGAGUUAAUUGGCCCCAAACCACAGGUCUGCUGCACAGACCCAGCAUCUCAGAAGGUCCUGGGUGUGACCUGCCCAGAAUCAGAUGCCCCUCCCUUGUAGUCACAGUCCCAGCCACCCCAGCAGUGAGGAAGACGAUGGGCAGGCUCUGUGAGAGGGCUGGCCCUUUUGCUCCAGCCAUUCAACACCUUGUUAGGAACAAGAGUGGCCAACUGACUUAACGGAGUUGAGCUUUGCUGAACCUAAAAGUCGAAAGCCAGAGAAACAUCUAGGGAGGACAUACAAGACCACAGGGCUGCUGCCAUGCCUCUUAGAACUUCAUAUUUCCCACAGCCCUCAAGAAGCCAUCUCAAGGGAGGAGGAAACCGAAGGAAUCUCUGACCCCAGCAGAUGGCCCCAGGAGCCCAAGGGACAUGGAAGACUUCAGCCUCUCCCCCAUUAACAACUGCCAGGAGUCCUAACCCACCAGACUGAGGGACACUGCAUUUGCCCAGACGUGUCUUUCUGUCACAGACUAUUGCUUGCACAAGUCAAAGCACCCAACCUGAAGAUAGCUUGGAACAGUCAGAGCACCCAGGCUCUUCCUACUUUCAGAGGGGCUGGUGCACCAGACCCCCUCCCAAGUCUCUGGACAGCUCCUCCCCUCUCAGCACUGUAGGAAGAUGGAACACCUGCAGGCAGGAUAGGAACUAGGGGGAGCCUCAGUCCAACCCCACCCCCUGCUUCUUUUUCUAGGCAACGCCCCACCUCGCGUGCAGUCGGAGGUCCCAGACUCUGCAGACUUUUCCAGGUCAGGAAGGAAGCCUCGGACAGCGGUCUCAGGCGCCCCCUUGUGGAAUCUGAGCAAAUGCAGCCAGCAAAGGGGAAAAGAAAGGAAGGCAGUGUGCAGGGUGCCCGGUUAGAUGUGACCUGCGGUGAGCUCAGAGAAGAAUACGAACGGCAAUAGACGCAGCUGGCAGGGCUGAGGUCAGAGGCAUCGACUCAUUUAGGCAGGAGAUCCAGGAUUAACUGGGUCUAAGCUCAGGAAGACAGAGCAAAAGUAGCCCUUAUGUUCUAUCGAGCCCCCGCAGACAAUCUGGUGCUGGUGAGGAGGAGACUCAGGGACCUGUGUGUAUGAAGUUUAAGAACAAAGACAGGCACUGUGGGCAAACGAGUGAAAGCACCAUGGAGUCAGGGCCCAGUGUGGGGAGAGAUAAAGAAGAGAGAAGGUGCCUUGGGAGGUCAAGGAAGGCAGCAUCUAAAACUUAAAUUUGGAUUUUGAGGGGUGAAUAGGAGUGUGCCAAGCAGGCAAAGUUCCUAGCAUGCUUUUAUAAGUAUCUAGAUGCCUGCUAAGAGGUCAGGGUGAAGGCCGAACAGAACUCACUUGACCAUGACUGCGUGAGGAAGGCCCGAGCUGGCCUAGUCAGGUAGAAGGGACCCCAGCACAAAGAGUGCUGUAGAGUAAGAAUUUCAGUUGUAAGAGUCUGAAAUUUCUGGACCUGGAGAAGCUGUCCCUGGGACUGAGUGAGGCCUGGACUUGAUGAGGAGUACCAUUCUCCACUGGGCAGACAGUGGCCUCUCUGCCUGACACCUGAAAGUCCAGAAGACUAAAUUCCAAGGGAUAUGGCGGGAGGGGGAGAGGUGCCUGUGCAUGUGCACGCGUUGAGUGUAUGUGUGUGUGUUCAAAUAGUUGUUACAGGUUUCUUGAGUUUUUUCAAAAUUAAACACAAGCUGUAUGCUUUAUCUACUCUAACCUCCUGCUCAAGUUUGGUCUGUGAGGGAACACACCACAACACCACACCCAGGAAGAAGCCAAAUUCCUGCCAAAAAUGUCCCUCAAGCACCCCAAGGAUCCCACAGUGCCUGCCAGCAUUGGGGUACAGCUCUAGGGCUAGCUCCACAUCCAUGGCACCUGCUGAGGACGCACGCCUCCUCAUGUGGUGGUAUUGUGUUCCCCCAAAUAUUGUGCACCUUAAUAAACUUAUCUGGGGUCAGAGAACAGAAAAGCCACAAGAUACUUAGGCUAGAAAAUGUUAGCACACGCCUUUAAUCCUAGCAUUCCAGAGACAGAAAUCCCUCUGGAUCUCUGUGAAUUCAAGGCCGCAUUGGAAACAGCCAGGCAUGGUGACUCACGCCUUUAAUCCCAGAAAGCCAGCCUUUAAUCCCAGGGAGUGGUGGUAGAAAGCAGAAAGGUUUAUAAGGCAUGAGGACCAGAAACUAGAAGCAUUUGGCUGGUUAAGCAUUUGGCUGGUUAGGAGGCAUUUGGCUGGUUAAGCAUUCAGGAUUUCGAGCAGCAGUUCAGCUGAGAGCCAUUGGGAUGAGGACACAGAAGCUUCCAGUCUGAGGAAACAAGACCAGCUGAGAAGUUGGCCAGGUGAGGUUAGCUGUGGCUUGUUCCGUCUCUCUGACCUUCCAGUGUUCACCCCAUUACCUGGCUCAGGUUUGAUUUUAUUAAUAAGAACUUUUAAGAUUCCUGCUACAUAGCCGGGCAGUGGUGGCGCACGCCUUUAAUCCCAGCACUCGGGAGGCAGAGGCAGGCGGAUCUCUGUGAGUUCGA